CGCCGGCCCUCUUCCUCCCUCCCUUUCUGCUGCGCCGCGGGCUCUCUCCCUAGCUUCAGCUCACGCCGCGGGGCCUCUCCCUCGCUCCAAAUCCUGCGCAGCCGGCCCUCUCCCUCGCUGCACAUCUUGCGCCGCCGGACCUCUCCCUCGAUCUAUCUCCUGCGCCGCCGCUUUCCUUUCUUGCUGCCUCUCCUGCGCUGCCGGCGUGUACGUGGACGGCUUAUUCAUCUCACCCUCUCUCGAUCUGCAGGAUACAAGGGGAAGAAGGCAGGGUCUAGGUGCUACUCCGGCGCGGCGGCAGAUCGAAGCAAACCCUCCUCUCCUCAAGCUUGCAUCAAUUGUAGAUGGUCAAGAAGAUGAACAAAAGAAAAAGGAUGGUUAGGGGAGCCGCUGUUUUUGUCCACACCAGCCCACACCAGCUGACCAGCAUAGCGCAACACGCAGUAGCCCAGCAUCCAGGAACUCACGGCACAGACAACAAACACUGUUUUCUCUAGCGGCCGGCGCCCGCCACCGGAUCGUCACACAGGGCACAGCAGCCAGCCGCCCCCCGCUCCCGCUGGCCAGCGGCACAAAUCGGCCGCCGCCCAUGGACGACUAGCCCACCGGCAGCCAGCAGCGUGACGACGGCGAGUCGGCCGACCCACAUAAGCUGCACAGCUAAUUUUCUUUGAUUCAUUCCAAAUUUCUUUCAUUUAGGUUAUUGUCUAUUCGUAUGUGGACUGUGGUGGCAUAAAUAAACCACUGAAAAUCUUAUUGUUUACAUUUUAUGCAAAGCCAUUGUUUACAGUUUAUACAAAGGCAUUAUUCUGUACAUUUUGACAAAAAAAAAACAAUCCAGUUUGGCAGUAUCAAUAAUUCACUCAAUUCCUCUGUGGUUUGAUAUCUCCAAGCUUUUGUAAUGGCUAACUAAAAUAGUCUAAUGGGGAAACUGUAUUGCGGUAUUGCUUCUUUUGUUUAUAUCUACUCACUUGAUCUUGUAACAAAUGGGAACAAAGGGUACUUACUAAUGACAAUGAUUCAGAAUUUGAAAAUUUUCGUGUUCUUCUUUAGCUUGGCCCGCCCACAAUUUCUUUGUAGCUCGCCACAGCGCCUAAAUCAACGCUACUCCAGCUUUCUGAUCUAAUACUAAUCCAGCAGUUCGUGUUUCCGCUAAGACUAGAGUAGUGAAGAUGUGGCAGCGGCCGCAAGCUGUCCUGUGUCGCGUCUCGCUGGCGAACCUGUCUCCAGCGGCAUGGACUGGUGGUGGGGCGAGCUACCAUGGCUCCUCGUCAGAGGGGGGGAAGGGAAAGGCGGCGCCUUUGCAGCCACGUGGGAUGGUGGAUAGGUUCCGGCUACUUGCCAGGGGUGGCGACGGUGGCAAUGGCUGCAUCAGCCAAAGGCGCUCCAGGUCUGACCGCCAAGGCAGGCCCGAUGGUGGCGAUGGAGGGACAGGUGGUAAUGUCAUUCUUGAGUGCUCAAGAUCUGUCUGGGAUUUCAGUAACUUGCAACAUCACACGAAAGCAGUCCGAGGAGGCAAUGGACUUUCUAAGAAACAGAUAGGGACGAGAGGUCCUGACAAGGUUGCACAAGUACCAGUUGGCACAGUGAUUCAUCUAGUCCGAGGGGAGCGACCGUCUUUCACUGUAAAUAAACCAACCAGAUCUCUAGAUCCCUGGGAUAUCCCAGAUGCUGUGGAUGACUCUGCAGACAGUUCCAAUCAGAAGAACAAGGAUGGCAUUAAUGGAAAUGCAGCUGAAAGAGAAAGUAGCAAUCAGCGGGAGAAGCAAACAUACUCUAGUACAUGCUCCAAGACUGGGUUUUCAAACGCUGAAGAUGGUGAUGCAAGUAGCAUUCAACAUCAGGUCGAGUUUGAUGACGACGAUGAAGAAUUUUGGGAGGAUGAAGACGAGACGGAGGAAGAGGCUCUAGAUGCAGAUGAGGAGAGGGAAGAAGAUGACAUACAGUAUUCUGUUGCUGAAAUGACAAGACCUGGGCAACGGUUGAUCGUAGCACAAGGAGGGGAGGGUGGGCUAGGGAAUGCUUCUAUCGGCAGAGACGUCCGUCUAUCCAAAGGAAAUAGACAAGAGGAGGUAGCCCAUUUAAGUACUGGACAGGCAGGAACAGAGUCUUUUCUUGUCUUAGAACUGAAGAGCAUUGCUGAUGUUGGCCUUGUUGGUUUGCCUAAUGCCGGGAAGAGCACACUUCUGAGUGCUCUCUCUAGGGCUCGCCCACAGAUCGCUGACUAUGCGUUCACCACACUGAGGCCCAAUAUUGGUAGCCUGACCUACGACGACUACUUGUCAGUGAAAGUUGCUGACAUACCUGGUCUUAUCAAAGGUGCCCAUGAGAACCGUGGCCUGGGCCAUGCCUUCUUGAGGCACAUUGAGCGCACCAAAGUUCUGUCCUAUGUACUUGACCUGGCAGCAACACUCAACGGUAGGAAGGGUAUCCCACCAUGGGAGCAGCUACGCGAUCUGGUCGUGGAGCUAGAGCUUUACCAAGAAGGCAUGACAAAGCGCCCAUCGUUGAUUGUCGCAAACAAAAUAGAUGAAGAGGGAGCUGAAGCGAUGUAUGAAGAACUGAAGAGGAGAGUGCAAGGUGUUCCGAUAUUUCCAGUGUGUGCCAUCUUGCAAGAGGGAAUACCUGAUCUGAGAGUUGGCCUGAGAGACCUUAUGGAUGCCUCGGAUCCGCAAGGUGUCGGUUUGAGCAAAAUUAUUGUAGACUAAAAGGCUUUGCCUCUCGUUGGAGAAGAAUUGUUCUCUGAUUCUUUCCCCUUGAGCACUGUCUGCUUGCAGAUGCACUGUAUAUCCGUGUUGCAAAAAUUGCUCUAAUUUUCUGUGUUGCAGAAUAGAUCAUCCAUUGUUUUAGAAAAUUCAGUGUAAUAAUAACGAAGGGUAACCAGUAUGUAUGCUUUGGUCUUUCAUAGGAACAGCAAUGCGUACUACCAAAAAGGUUCAUUCAA